CCUGAGUACCUGACUAGUGGCGCGCAGCACACUGCCACUAGCGGCGGCCUCCCCGCUCGCCAGCACACUCCCGCCGUUGCAGAAGAGCCCCCCGCGCCGCAUCGCGAGCGCGCGCCUCCGCCUCAUCCCGCUCCCCGCGGGAACCCUAGAUGCGGUGGGGGCACCGCGCGCCGUGAGCCCGCCGGCCGGUCCCGCGACGAUGGGUUUGCGCGCCGCCGCUGCGGUGACCGUGUUUGCGGCGGCGGUGCUUGUGGUGAGUGGCGCCGAUGCGUCAGGGGACUCGCUCGCCGACCUGGGUGGCGCGGCUAGGGAGAUCGAAAGCGUGCCAGAGGUGAAGAACUUGGGGCCAUGGGCAAAGGGGCUGCUGAAAGGGAUGCCAGCGGCAGCGGCAGGACUGGCAGCUAUGGCCCCUGUCGCGAAGUAUCCACUGGUUCUGGCAGAGGAGCGGACGCGGCGGCCGGAUGUUCUCCACCAUCUCAGAAUGUAUGAAGGAGGGUGGAACGUCACCAACAAGCACUAUUGGGCGUCUGUUUCAUUCACAGGAGUUUCUGGAUUUCUUCUUGCUGCCUUGUGGUUCAUUUUCUUUGGGAUAGCUGUGGCUGGACGAAGCUAUUUUGGAUCAAGAAUGGCCAAAGGAAAGGUUUCUCGUGCAGAUAUAGUACUCCCUGUGUUGCUCGUGGUCUUCACGCUUACUUUAAUAACUGGAUGCAUUAUCCUUUUGUAUGGGCAGAGUAAAUUCCAUGGAGAAGCUUCACAGACCAUGGAUUUUGUUGUAAACCAAUCUGAUUUUACUAUUCAGACGCUGAGGAAUGUUACUGAAUACUUGUCAUUUGCGAAGACAAUCACUGUGGCAGCACUCUAUCUUCCAUCAGAUGUUCAAGGUCAAAUUGACAAUUUGAAGGGGGACUUAAAUAAAGCAGCUGAUACCAUAUCUCAGAAGACAGCAGAAAAUUACAAGAGGAUAAGAAAAGUUCUCCGUAACAUGUCUGUUGUAUUGAUUUGCAUAGCCGUUUUGUUGCCUAUUCUUGCAUUCCUUGGAUACGUAUUAGAGCUAUAUGGACCGAGAUAUACAGUUUACAUAUUUGUUACCUUAUGCUGGAAAGUGGUGGCGGCUCUCUUUAUUCUUCUAGGAAUUUUCCUGAUACUAAACAGUGCUGCAAAGGAUACCUGUGAAGCAAUGGACCAAUGGGCCCAACAUCCUCAAGCAGAGACAGCUCUCAGCAACAUCCUUCCCUGCGUGGAUGAAAGUACAACCAAUCGAACCUUGUACCAGAGUAAAGAAGUCGUGGUGAUGCUUGUGAGGAUAGUUAAUAGAGCUAUAUCUGCGCUUUCAAAUCGAAGACCACAUCAUAAGCAUCCAGGGCAGCUCAUGCCUUACUUGUGUUCUCCAUAUGAUUCAAACUUCAAUGAUCGUCAAUGCAAGUCUAGGGAGGUCACGUUUGAAAAUGCAACAGCAGCAUGGCAGAAUUAUACAUGCAUGGCUCCAGACACCGACUUGUGCUCAGGCAACAGAAGCCUGACUUAUGAGAUCUACGGCCAGCUUGUUCUGGCUGCAAAUGUAAGCUACGCUCUGUACCAUUAUGCCCCCGUCCUGCUCAACCUCCAGGACUGCAAGUUCGUCCGCGCCACAUUCAGCUCCAUAGCUUCGCAGUACUGCCCUCCUCUGGAGCGUGACCUUGGUUUAGUCUCCGCCGGCCUGGCGCUCAUUGCCACUGGCCUUGUACUCUACCUCCUCUGGUUGCUCUUUGCGGACCGCUCCCAAAGGGAGGUGUCCGAGCUGCCAUCAGGGUGGAGGAUCACACCAGUAGACAGCUCUCCAUGACAAGUGGAUGAGAGUGCUCACUUCCAUGGUCCACCAAAAUUUAGUACAGUUCCAUGGUUAUGUAAAAUAGUAUUAGUAUAGCAGGUUUCGGGGAUAAUUAGGAAGAGGAAGGCGGAAGCACUGGGGCAAAGCCCCAUUUUGCAGUGGAGAGUUAAGUGAAUGAGUGCUUCCUUCCGUUGUAAGUUUACACUACAGCUCAUGAUAUAUAGUUGUAAAACGAUGAAAUAAUAGGCUAGGGGCAAAAUCCCCAUCGUGCAGCGAAUUAGAAGAGUAAUGUUCUGUAAUUCUGGCUGUUCAUCUGGACAGUUCCUUC